AUGGUAACUAGAUUAAAGUUUGACGAGAUGCAAAAUAUUGUUUCGAAAACUGGUUUUAAGAACAUGUUUCCUAUUGAUUGUAGAGGUUCAAGCAAAGGAAGAGCUGGUGAAGACAACAAUCCAUGGGCCUUUCUUGGUUUGUAUGGUUUCUCAGAAGAACACCGAAAAAGAAAUACUAGGCAGCUGGUGCAGGAUGUUUGCAGAGAGUUGGGUGACUGUCUGAUUAUUCUUGGCAACUUCAACGAUGUUGUUAAAGAUUGCGAGAAAGUGGGUGGAAUUGGAGAACUUUAUCUCAACUCUCUUGGGGCAGGAAUGCAAUUAAACAAUGUGGCUUACAGGAUAUUAGUUUUACUGGUUACCCUUUCACUUGGUCGAAUGGCAGACAGGGGAAUGAAAAUAUCCAAUGUAUGGAGGGCUAAUGGAAACACUUUUACUCACAAAACCAAAGUUAUCCAGGAACUUUCAUCUCUGUUUAAGGAGUACAGGUCUGGGAGUGUGGAAAAGGAAAUUAGGAAAUUAGAAUCCCUAUUGAAGGAGGAAAGGAGAUCGGUGACGAAUGUUGAGGAGAUCCAGAAAUUUAAAACUCUUGAGAGACAAAGGGGUAAGUUGUUGGGAAUUGAAGAAACUCUGUGGAGGCAAAGGAGCAGAGCCACGUGGUUGAUGGAUGAAGAUCGCAAUACAAAAUUCUUCCACAACAAAGCUAAUCAACAAAGGAAAACCAAUACAAUCAAAAGGCUGAAAGACAAGAAUGGCAUCUAG